GAGGUUUUGCAAUAUCGGAACCUAGAACAAGUUUUACAGCAACGCUUCCUGUGUUUUUAACUGUUCUUUAUGAAACCAGGAAGAUGGUUUUGGAAUCAUCGAAAUGGGUUAUGUUCAUAGUUUGUUGGCUUUUCAAAAAUGUGAGUUGUAACUCUGUUGCGCAGAAGAUUUAUGUUGAACUGAAUAACACUGUACCAUGCGUCCGACUGCUCAAUGCUACACAUCAGAUUGGCUGCCAGUCCUCGAUAUCAGGUGAUACAGGGGUGAUCCAUGUCUUGGAGUCUGAGGCAGAUCUGGAAUGGCCUUUGAGCAAAGGACCCAAUCCUCCUUAUAUGGUCUUGUUGGAGUCAUCCCUCUUCACCAAGUCCAUCAUGAUGAAGAUGAAGAAUGCCUCCAGCAGGGUGGCAGGGGUUGUGGUGGUCCCAAAAACUAGCCUACCAGAGUUCUCGCCACAUACAACAUGUCCCAAUGAGAACACAGGUGUUUACACGGAAACCUAUGAUCAUAAUUUAGCGCACUGUAACACGACUGUAUGGAAUCCUCGGGGGAACGGUCUAUCCUAUGAGGAAUUUGACUUCCCUGUCUUCUCCCUGAAAGAAGACAAUGAAACAGAGAUCAUCAAACAGUGCUACUUUGAUCAUAAUCGUGUGGUGAACGGCAGUGGCCUGCAGUAUCCUCUGUGUGCCAUGCAACUCUUCUCUCAUAUGUAUGCUGUCACUGACACUGCAACCUGCAUGAGACGCAGCAGCAUCGACUUCAGCAGCUUCCCAGUGAAGGUGUGUGAACCUCUUGGUGGUUAUAAUGUGUUGGCUUUCAUCCGACCUUAUAACAGCACCGCCUUUGGUCACAAGGAGAACGAGAGUGUUGUUAUAGCAGCAGCCAGGCUGGACAGCAGGGCAUUUUUCUUGGAGGAUUCUGCAGGAGCGGAGGGGAGUGUCUCAGGGUUUGUCACUCUGCUGGCUGCUGCCCAGGCACUACGUGAAGCCACUCAGGAAGCCCCUCCCACACGGAAUAUCCUCUUUGCCUUCUUCAACGGGGAAGUAUUUGACUACAUUGGCAGCUCUCGAAUGGUUUAUGACAUGAAGAAUAACAAGUUUGUGAUAGACCUGGACAAUGUUCACUCAAUACUGGAGAUUGGACAGGUAGCAGUGCGCAGUGGCACCAACCUAUUUCUUCACUCAGACCCUGUGUCCAGGAGGAACAACACCGUCCAUGACGAGGUUACGAAUCUUGUAAAAAACUUACAGUCCUCCACGGCUGGUCUCAACUUCUCAUUUGUUGAGACAGGUUUUUCUCAGCCACUCCCGCCCUCCUCCUUUCAGCGUUUCCUCCGAGCUCGGGCAAUUCCAGGGAUUGUUCUUGCAGACCAUCAAACAGCUUUCAACAAUAGGUACUAUGAGAGUUUUUAUGACAACGCUGCCCACCUGAACCUGACUUAUCCAUCUAACUUGAGUCCAGAGGAACAGCUAGAGUUUGUGACUGAUACUGCAAAGUCUCUUACCGAGGUGGCUACUGCAGUUGCCCGCGCUCUCUUCAAGCAGGCUGGGGGAAACAACUCCCAAGUCAACAACAUCAAUGCAGACCCCAAAACAGUGACCCAGAUGCUGUAUGGGUUUCUGGUUAGAUCCAACAACAGCUGGUUUCAGGCAGUGAUGGCCCCAGAACUGAAGGACGUUCUCCAGCCCAACCCACCCUGGUACUACGUUGGUGUUGCCAAGUUGUCCCAUCAGGCUAACGCACUGACCUAUCUGGUCCAAUAUCUCCUGGCCAAUUUAACGGGAACAGCCACCAACCUCACCCAGAGCCAGUGCAAGAAGCCAGAUGAGCUGCCGAAUGAGAGCACAUAUAUGUACUCUUAUUUCUGGGUUCAGGGCGUGGUCCCACCCAACAGCACCCAGAGGGAGUCUUUCUGCAUACGCACAGCAGUACGCCUGGCCAAGGCAGUGUCCCCCGCCUUCGUGCUGGGGGAUUACGUUUCCAAAGAAUAUUCCACAUGGACAGAAUCGCAGUGGAAGUUCAUCAAAGCUCGAAUUUUCCUAGUAGCCAGCCGGGACCUGGAGAUGCUGACCUUAGGUGUGGGAGUGGCUGUGUUGUUCACAUCGCUACUGGUGACAUACUUUGUCAGUACCAAGGCAGAUGUCCUCUUCAGCGUCGUCAGGGAACCCAACAACGCCGCAUACUAACCUGUGACCAGUGACCACUACUCUCACAACCAAACAGGACAGACAGAUGUUUUUUUGUUUUUUUUACACACGAUAGGUACGCCAGACAAGUAGACAGACAGGUUAGGGUGACCAACAGACAGGUUAGGCAGAACUGGUUGUUUUAACUCAUGUACAAUAGCUUUCCUGUCAUUUCUCAGGAGAAUGAAACCUUAUGUCGGGCAAAUGGACUUUGGAUGUGUGAUCAGCUGAAUGACCACUACUAUGCUUAAACAUUCGGAUAUCGAAAUAGUAUUUUUUUUAUUUGGGUUGCAGUCUUUAAAAAUCAACUUUAUUUUAAAUCUAGACAUAAAUUGCAGGAUUUAAUAACAUCAUGCCCACAUGUUUUUAAUCAUGUAUUGAUGGAAUUGUUAAUUGACCUGGGGUUUUUUUUGUAUGUGAAGGUGAUCUCUGAUUUUGACCAACUGGGGAAUAAAUGUUAUUGCCUUGAUAACUAAAUAAACAUGGCCUUUUUUCCUA